CCGGUAACAGGAGCGGACUGGAUGCCAGCUUGGCGAACGGACAGAAGUCGCUUCUGAGUGGUGUUGUCAUCGAGCAUCUCCGAGGUCUGCCAGGAGAAGGCGGGACUCCCCUGAACUGGACUCUCUCUCUGCUGCUGGGUAUUCAUAAAUUGUUUCCACUGGGUUCCUGUUAUUAAUAUUCGUUGAAGUGAAGAUGCCAGCCGGUACUUUAGAAAGGGCAUCUCCGUCCGCUGUGGCCGCUACCCCCGCAAGUGGCGACUCCACGCCCGAGAAACCCCGGACUGUGACAGAGAGCAGAAAGUCCUCCAAACCAAUUAUGGAAAAGCGAAGACGUGCGCGCAUCAAUGAGAGCCUGGGCCAGCUGAAGACCCUCAUCCUGGAUGCGCUCAAGAAAGACAGCUCCAGACACUCUAAACUAGAGAAGGCUGACAUCCUUGAGAUGACUGUGAAGCACCUCAGGAACCUGCAGCGACUUCAGAUGACUGCUGCUGUAAACACAGACCCGUUCAUCCUCGGUAAAUACAGAGCCGGGUUCAGCGAGUGUGUAGGAGAGGUUACCCGUUUCCUGUCCACGUGUGAAGGGGUGAACACAGAUGUGAGAACUCGCCUCCUCAGCCACUUGGCAGCCUGCAUGACCCAAAUCAAUGCUCUGAACUUCUAUGGACCUCACCUCGGUGCAGUGGGACUCGGACAGACUGGCACACAGAUUCCCGUUGCUUCAGCCCCACACAUGCCUUGCAAAAGCGGCUCACCGGUGCAUGCUCCCCCAGAAUCGUUGAAACUCUACGGCGGCUUCCAGGUGGUGCCUACGCCUGAUGGACAGUUUGCUUUCCUCGUGCCCAGUGCAGCCCUCGGACCUCUGACCGCACAAAACAGCCACCAUGUGUCACCGGUUGCACCGGCUGUCACCUCAGACUCUGUGUGGAGGCCGUGGUAGGAAGGUGUAGAUUGUGAGGAGCAAAGGACUCUAACACAGUAAAUCAUAUUUUUGUAUAUUUUGUACAUUUUUUUUCUCAGAGGAAACUUUAGACACAGUUGUGUUUUUUACAUGGACAUUAUCAGAAAUAUAUUCUUUG